AUGACGACGUGCCAUCUGCUGUGCGCCCUGUUGGUGCUUGCCCUGUGCUGCUGCCCGUCCGUGUGUGCGGCAGAUGUCAAUAGGAAGGCUGGCUCUUCUUCCCCGACGACCACAACGACGAAUAAAAUAGAGCCGCCAAAGGAAGACAAGGAGGAUACGUCUGAAACGCAAAAAAAUGCCAAAAAUCCAUCGCCCCCUGUGUUAGUAGGAGCGCCAGGGAAGGAUCAGUCGGGGUUGCCAAAUAAGGAGUCCGUUGGGAAACCGGUAACAAAUGCGGAAAGUGGAAAUGUUGACGGAGAAGGACAAAGUUUGGCUGUUACGGGACAAAAAUUAAAUAACAUGAGCAGUACGUCACAGGCAGAAGAUAAUAAAGGCACGAUAGGUUUACAAGGUGACAAGAAUAUAUCCGCAGACACUCAGACUAAGUCUGAAGCUCCCGCCGAGACGACUACGACAACGACCACAACACAGGCACCAACCACGACGACAACCAGUGCGCCAGUGGCACCAAGUACUGCGAAUACAGAGGCGCCAACCACAACGACCACCCGCGCACCGUCACGUCUUCGUGAAGUUGACGGCAGCCUCAGCAGCUCUGCGUGGGUGUGUGCCCCGCUGCUGCUUGCCUUAUCCGCGCUGGUGUAUACCGCUGUGAACUAA